AUGCGCAGUGAGUUGGCGGGUCUUCAGAGAGAUGGAGGCCCUUGUGAAGCAGCCUGGUUAGCUCACGCCCCUUGGAUUCUGACAAGCUCUCCCGCCUAGGGCCUGCAUCAGAGAGGAGGCUUCUCUCUGCACCAGAUGACUUGGUAAGGAGUGAUUACUGUUCUGAAGUGAGCAUUGGAGGAGGAUCCAUUAGGCCAUCAGAAUGGAAAUGAGGAAAGGAAAUCAGCUGACGCAGGAGCCGGAGUGAGACCGACGUGCCCACAAACCCAGCCUGCACCAUGAACUUGUGUCUCCCUUCUGCGCUUUAAGAGCCAAGGGCAGGUGAAGUUGCUGGAGAGCAAUGGCUUUCUUUACUCCGUGGAAGUUGUCCUCUCAGAAGCUGGGCUUUUUCCUUGUGACUUUUGGCUUUAUCUGGGGUAUGAUGCUCCUGCAUUUUACCAUCCAGCAGCGAACUCAGCCUGAGAGCAGCUCCAUGCUGCGUGAGCAGAUCUUGGACCUCAGCAAGAGGUACAUCAAGGCGCUGGCAGAAGAAAACCGGAAUGUGGUGGAUGGGCCAUACGCCGGUGUCAUGACAGCUUACGAUCUGAAGAAAACACUUGCUGUGCUUUUGGAUAAUAUCUUGCAGCGCAUUGGCAAGUUAGAGUCAAAGGUGGACAAUCUCGUAAUCAAUGGCACGGGAACAAACUCGACCAACUCCACCACGGCUGUUCCCAGCUUGGUAGCACUUGAGAAAAUUAAUGUGGCAGAUAUCAUUAAUGGAGCUCAAGAAAAAUGUGUAUUGCCUCCUAUGGAUGGCUACCCCCACUGCGAGGGGAAAAUCAAGUGGAUGAAAGAUAUGUGGCGCUCGGAUCCCUGCUACGCAGACUACGGAGUGGAUGGGUCCACCUGCUCUUUCUUUAUUUACCUCAGUGAGGUUGAAAACUGGUGUCCUCAUUUACCUUGGAGAGCAAAAAAUCCCUAUGAAGAAGCUGAUCAUAAUUCAUUGGCGGAAAUCCGUACAGAUUUUAAUAUUCUCUACAGCAUGAUGAAAAAGCAUGAAGAAUUCCGGUGGAUGAGACUCCGGAUCCGGCGAAUGGCUGAUGCAUGGAUCCAAGCAAUCAAGUCCCUGGCAGAAAAGCAGAAUCUUGAAAAGAGAAAGCGGAAGAAAGUCCUUGUUCACCUGGGACUCCUGACUAAGGAAUCUGGAUUUAAGAUAGCAGAGACAGCUUUCAGUGGUGGCCCUCUUGGUGAAUUAGUUCAGUGGAGUGAUUUAAUUACAUCUCUGUACUUACUGGGCCAUGACAUUAGGAUUUCAGCUUCACUGGCUGAGCUCAAGGAAAUAAUGAAGAAGGUUGUAGGAAACCGAUCUGGCUGCCCAACUGUAGGAGACAGAAUCGUUGAGCUCAUUUAUAUUGAUAUUGUGGGACUUGCUCAAUUCAAGAAAACUCUUGGACCAUCCUGGGUUCACUACCAGUGCAUGCUCCGAGUCCUGGACUCAUUUGGCACGGAGCCAGAGUUCAACCAUGCUAACUAUGCCCAGUCUAAAGGCCACAAGACGCCCUGGGGCAAAUGGAAUCUGAACCCACAGCAGUUUUAUACCAUGUUCCCUCAUACCCCAGACAACAGCUUUCUGGGAUUUGUGGUUGAGCAGCAUCUAAACUCCAGUGAUAUCCACCACAUUAACGAAAUCAAAAGGCAGAACCAGUCCCUUGUGUAUGGCAAAGUGGAUAGCUUCUGGAAGAAUAAGAAAAUCUACUUGGACAUUAUUCACACGUACAUGGAAGUGCAUGCGACCGUUUAUGGCUCCAGCACGAAGAAUAUUCCCAGUUAUGUGAAAAACCAUGGCAUCCUAAGUGGCCGGGACCUACAGUUUCUUCUCCGAGAAACCAAGUUGUUUGUUGGACUCGGGUUCCCUUAUGAGGGCCCAGCUCCCCUGGAGGCCAUCGCAAAUGGAUGUGCUUUUCUGAAUCCCAAGUUCAGCCCACCCAAAAGCAGCAAAAACACAGACUUUUUCAUUGGCAAGCCAACACUGAGAGAGCUGACAUCCCAGCAUCCAUAUGCCGAAGUGUUCAUUGGCCGGCCCCAUGUUUGGACGGUUGACCUCAGCAAUCAGGAGGAAGUGGAAGAUGCCGUGAAAGCAAUUUUAAGUCAAAAGAUUGAGCCAUACAUGCCAUAUGAAUUCACAUGUGAGGGGAUGUUGCAGAGAAUCAAUGCUUUCAUUGAAAAACAGGAUUUCUGCCAUGGGCAGGUGAUGUGGCCGCCCCUCAGUGCCCUGCAGGUGAAGCUCGCCGAGCCCGGACAGUCCUGCAAACAGGUGUGCCAGGAGAACCAGCUCAUCUGCGAACCUUCCUUCUUCCAGCAUCUCAACAAGGACAAAGACAUGCUGAAAUAUGAGGUGAUCUGCCAAAGCUCAGAGCUGGCCAAGGACAUCUUGGUGCCCUCCUUCGACCCCAAGAACAAGCACUGUGUGUUUCAAGGUGACCUCCUGCUGUUCAGCUGUGCGGGCGCCCACCCCAGGCACCAGAGGGUCUGCCCCUGCCGGGACUUCAUCAAGGGCCAGGUGGCUCUCUGUAAAGACUGUCUAUAGCGGCCACUGACUCGGCCCCACACGCACUCUGCUGGGGAAACCGUGGCCCCAACACCAUCGGGGCAGGGCCAGGGGGCAGACGUCAUUCAGGGACUCUCGCCAGAGCCUGAACUUGAUGGUGGAAGGUUUCAAUUUGGUAUUGCUCCUUCUGCGGUCAGAGCACCAUGGCAGAGUUUUCCCCAAAGUGAAACAAGAGCAGAUGUCAAGUGGGGAGCCUGGCUUCUCACUGGCACAACUUCAUUUUUUAUUUCUUGAGGAGACUGUGUCUAUGAGGCUGCUCCGAGGUAGAAGGAGGGUCUCAAGAUGCAUUUAAAACAGAACCAGAGGAGGAAUGGAGCUUGUCGGAAAGAACUUGAUACGGGAACAUUCCUAAACCCAUUAACUUAUUUAUUUGGGU